AUGGCAAGAACAGUGUGUCUGGUAUUUCCAACAGCAUUAACGAUAUUCCUCAUGACCUUGAUAGGGCUUGGAUUUAUGAACAUUGGCCCCCUAGCCGCCUACCUCGCAUUGGAUUUGGGUUCAAGUAAUGCGACCACACAGAAACCUGUCGAGGGUACAGUCAUCAACACUACAAGCAACCACAGAUACAAUAAACCUCGACCACCAUGGGCUACGGUAGCAAGCACCCCAUCCUACCAUUCUACAUUUGGAAGAAGGCGUAAAUACCAUGACUACUACACUUCCUCCACUACAGAAAGUGCGCAUACCUCACCACGUGGAAUUCCUUUCAAAAAUACAUCAAGAUAUUGGCCCAAUGAAACCAAAUUUGAAUCCAGUACAAAAGCGUAUCCCACCACACCGUCAGUGAGAUCCAACUACUAUGAUAGCCCCACGCCAGGAAGAUACAACCACAGUGCUCAUUAUACGAGACCAACCACACCGUCAGUGAGAUCCAACUACUAUGAUGGCCCCACGUCAGAAAGAUACAACUACAGUGCUCAUUAUACGAGACCAACCACACCGUCAGUGAGAUCCAACUACUAUGAUGGCCCCACGUCAGAAAGAUACAACUACAGUGCUCAUUAUACGAGACCAACCACACCGUCAGUGAGAUCCAACUACUAUGAUGGCCCCACGCCAGGAAGAUACAACCACAGUGCUCAUUAUACACCCACCACACCGUCAGUGAGAUCCAACUACUAUGAUAGCCCCACGCCAGGAAGAUACAACCACAGUGCUCAUUAUACACCCACCACACCGUCAGUGAGAUCCAACUACUAUGAUGGCCCCACGUCAGAAAGAUACAACCACAGUGCUCAUUAUACGAGACCAACCACACCGUCAGUGAGAUCCAACUACUAUGAUAGCCCCACGCCAGGAAGAUACAACCACAGUGCUCAUUAUACGAGACCAACCACACCGUCAGUGAGAUCCAACUACUAUGGUAGCCCCACGCCAGAAAGAUACAACUAUAGUGCUCAUUAUACACCCACCACACCGUCAGUGAGAUCCAACUACUAUGAUAGCCCCACGCCAGGAAGAUACAACCACAGUGCUCAUUACUAUACACCAACUACACCGUCAGUGAGAUCCAACUACUAUGAUAGCCCCACGCCAGGAAGAUACAACCACAGUGCUCAUUACUAUACACCAACUACACCGUCAGUGAGAUCCAACUACUAUGAUAGCCCCACGUCAGAAAGAUACAACUACAGUGCUCAUUAUACGAGACCAACCACACCGUCAGUGAGAUCCAACUACUAUGAUAGCCCCACGCCAGGAAGAUACAACCACAGUGCUCAUUACUAUACACCAACCACACCGUCAGUGAGAUCCAACUACUAUGGUAGCCCCACGCCAGAAAGAUACAACUAUAGUGCUCAUUAUACACCCACCACACCGUCAGUGAGAUCCAACUACUAUGAUAGCCCCACGCCAGGAAGAUACAACCACAGUGCUCAUUAUACACCCACCACACCGUCGGUGAGAUACAACCACAGUGCUUAUUAUACACCCACCACACCGUCGGUGAGAUACAACUACUAUGAUAGCCCCACGCCAGGAAGUUACAACCACAGUGCUCAUUAUACACCCACCACACCGUCAGUGAGAUCCAACUACUAUGAUAGCCCCACGCCAGGAAGAUACAACCACAGUGCUUAUUAUACACCCACCACACCGUCAGUGAGAUACAACCACAGUGCUAAUAUUGGCACAACCAAUGGUAGUGAUUAUACCAAUUAUGCAAGUAAUCUUACUGUAAACGUAAGUAGCAACGCUACUUUCAUAAAACCUAAAACGCCAGUCACAUACGACAGAAGUGAAAGUAUGGCUGCUCCGAGUAAUAAAACCAGACCUACAUCAACAAUUUACGAAGAAGACAAAUAUUACACAGGUGGUUCAAAGUCAGGUGCGUACCUCAUAGGUUACGCAGUGGCUGAAAGUAGACCAGCUCCAGGUGGUGAGGGAGCAGUUGUAGAUGAAAAUAAGAAUGGUGCAGAACCCAUAGCUACAAUAAAUACAACAUCAGUACUUGCAACGUCAUACAAUGGUACUCACACCGCGGCUAUAGAUAAAUCUAUUGCACCUAUAUCACUAUACGAAGAAGAUAAUAGUACGAAUGCAGGUGUAGUAAUGCCCAUCGAACAUACUUUAACAUUCUAUAAUGAUAGCUACGCCGUGGCUAAAAGUAAUUCUACUACAGAUAGAAAUAACAAUGAGACAGGUACAAACGUUACGGUUGAUGUUGGAAAUACAUCUGUAGAUUACUGUAACAACUGUACAACCAUAGUAACCAACAAUGCAACGGAAGAUACAAGUGAAGAACGAUACAUGACGCCUAUAGAGCCUCCUGCAAGUGAUUUUGUAUUAAAUAAUGUGACAACUAAUAAUAAAACAGUGGAUAAUUGGCCAAUUGAAGACUACGGUGAAGGUAACUGGACUACAAGUGGAAGAUUUGACAAUGAUACUGUACCAGGUAAUAAAAAUGACACAGGUGUAGACAAACCCAGGCCAAGUGAUGGAAAUAGUACCAUAAGUGCUUAUAUUGAUGGAUGGAAUAGCACGUAUGUAGAGGAUUGGGACUGA